AUGCAGAAACUUAGCCUGUGUAGCUAUCUAAAUCUGCACCAAAACUCAUUUGCCGGAGAGAUUCCUGAGUGGAUUGGAGAGUUGAAGAGCCUGGAGACUUUGGACCUUUCUGGCAAUCGAUUUUUGGGCGAAGUUCCAAGUUCAAUAGGUAAUCUUCACGCUUUAAAGGUGUUGAAUUUUUCUGCAAAUGGGUUCACUGGGAUCUUACCCAAGUCCAUGGCUUAUUGCACAAGCCUUGUGGCUUUAGAUUUUAGUAAGAAUUCGAUGGCGGGUGAACUUCCUGCGUGGAUAUUCAAGGCGAGUUUAGAGGAAGCUUCACUUUCAGAGAAAAAACUAAGUGGAAGCGCAAAUAGCCCUGUAUCUUCCUCAAUUGGAAAUGCGCCUCAAAAUCUGCAAGUCGUGGAUUUAUCCCUUAAUCAAUUUUCUGGUGAAAUUGCAUCUGACAUUGGGGUCUUAAGCAGUUUACUUAGUUUGAACCUCUCCGGUAACUCUCUUGUUGGUCCUAUUCCUGUGACUAUUGGAGAGUUGAAGGCCCUGGACAAUGUGGAUUUGAGUGAGAAUCGGCUCAGUGGAAGCAUCCCUCUGGAAAUUGGUGGGGCUUUUUCGUUGAAGGAAUUGAGAUUGGAAAAUAACCUUCUCACGGGGAAAAUUCCGACUUCAAUAGGGAACUGUUCUUCUCUGACCACUUUAAUUGCAUCACAGAACAGACUGACUGGCCCAGUACCUGCAGCAAUGGCCAAACUAACCAACUUACAAAAUGUGGACUUGUCUUUCAAUAACCUCACGGGAGGCCUACCCAAGCAGUUAGCCAAUCUUCCCAACCUUCUUUCCUUCAAUAUUUCCCACAACAACCUCCAGGGUGAACUACCUGCGGGCGCCUUUUUCAAUACCAUCUCCCCUUCCUCUGUCUCUGGCAAUCCAUCUCUUUGUGGCUCUGCAGUUAAUAAGUCUUGCCCAACAGUUCUUCCAAAACCCAUUGUCCUCAAUCCCAACUCCUCUUCUGACUCCACCACACCAGGAACAUUAUCUUCAAAUCUUGGUCAUAGAAGAAUCAUCCUUAGUAUUUCUGCACUCAUUGCCAUUGCUGCAGCUGCUGUCAUUGUCAUUGGUGUGAUUGCCAUCACUGUACUUAAUCUCCGUGUUCGAUCUUCUACAACUCAUUCACCAGCAGCCCUCGCGUUAUCAGCUGGGGAUGAUUUCAGCCAUUCCCCAACAACAGACGGCAACUCCGGCAAGCUUGUCAUGUUUUCAGGUGAGCCUGACUUCAGCACUGGCGCACAUGCUCUACUCAACAAGGACUGUGAGCUUGGUCGUGGAGGGUUUGGAGCAGUCUAUAGGACAGUUCUUCGAGAUGGGCGGCCUGUUGCAAUCAAGAAGCUCACUGUUUCAAGUCUUGUCAAGUCUCAAGAAGAAUUUGAAAGGGAAGUUAAGAAAUUGGGGAAAGUGAGGCAUGAUAAUCUUGUGGAAAUCGAAGGCUAUUACUGGACUCCAUCAUUACAGCUCAUCAUAUAUGAAUAUGUCUCUGGCGGUAGUUUAUAUAAGCAUCUUCAUGAUGGAGCAGGUGGAAACUUCCUGUCAUGGAAUGACAGGUUCAAUAUAAUUCUUGGAACUGCGAAAAGUUUGGCUCAUUUGCAUCAAAUGAACAUAAUUCACUACAACAUAAAAUCUAGCAAUGUCCUGAUCGGCAGCUCAGGCGAACCAAAAGUGGGAGACUUUGGCCUAGCAAGGUUGUUGCCAAUGCUUGACCGAUAUGUUUUGAGCAGCAAGAUCCAGAGUGCCCUUGGCUACAUGGCACCAGAUCACUGGGAAGAGGCCUGUCGAGUACAUGGAAGAUGA